GGAUGAAUGUCGAGUUGGUCAAGGCGGUCUGCCGCCCUUGCCGCGGGGCGGACAGCUUGGGCAUCUGCGGCGGCCGCUGGAGCGAGAUCGAUGGCGCCGAGAAGGCCACAUGCCUGAGCUUCAAUACCUGGGGCACGCUGCUCAGCGUCGGCGAGAAGGACGGCCUCGUCUCGCUCUGGGACUACUCGACGAUCCAAACCAUCAUUCGUGAGCUCAACCCACGCCUCUACGUGGGGCUGCCCGACUUUAAACAAGCCACCGUGUGUGCAUGGUCUGCCAACGGCCGAACGCUCGCCGUCGCCUGCGAACACAAGGCCUCGGGCAAGCGGAGCACGCUUCUCGUUUGGGAUGUCGAAAGCUCUGUGCUCAUCGCUGCCGUCGCCCUCGAGUCCAUGAUCACACAUAUUUCGUUUCCACCGAGAUCCGUGUCGCUAGCGCCCUCGAGCCUGCAAGACAACACUCACACGCUGCUGCUGAGCUGCUUCAAUGGCGAUGUACUCGAACUCGUCAUGUCGCCGCGGGCCGCGGGCGAAGAGGCUGCUCCAUCCCCUCUGCAGCUGGUGCCGUUCCGGCAAGACGCAGCGAGUUCACUGGAGACGCCUGCAGUGCAGCUGCGUGUGCGUCACGUUGACGUGACGGGCAUGGUCGAUGCGAUCUGCGGCGAGUCGUCGGCGACGCCGUCCGUGCGGAACCAGGCGCCGAUCGUCCUAGCCAAGUAUGGGCCCGAGCACAUCUACUGCCUCACGAUGAAGGGCCUUCUCGCCAAGAUCGACCCGGUGUCGCUGCAGCUUGUCCACGGCGUGCCGCUGCCCCAGGUGCAACACGUCGACUUGUUUGUCGACGCGGAGACCGUGCUCGUGCCAAGCAUGAAGGGCAUCCACGAGUUCGCCGCCGGGUCGCUCGAUGAAGUGUACCUCUACAACGCCGGUGCGGCCGUCAAGUCGCCGUGGACCAUGUGCACCAAGUCGCACGACGGCCAGUUCAUCCUCGGGUUGCCGCUGCCCCGGGGCAUCCUCGUCGGCGAAAAAGGCAUGUACCUCUGGAAGCGCCACGCCUCUUCGCAAAUGUGGCACGAGACGCGCUUUGGGAUGAACAUGACGGCGAUCGCGUGGCAUCCCGAGAAGGAGUCACUGACCGUCAUCUCGGCUGCGGGCACCGUCAACACGCUCGAGAUCGAGUACAAGUCGCCGUGGCCGGGCGCCAUGUACCCGCCGGGGUUCACGCUCAUCACGGACAAUGUCAUCUAUGACGAGCCCGAAGACGAGUUUGACAACAACAUGCAGCUUUGCACGCUCGCGCACUGUGAUGCGUCCGAGGUCGUCGACGUCAUGAGCGUCGAAGCACAUCAGACGUCGGCGUCGUUCCCGGACGACCUCAAGUACGUCCCGGCGUCCCCGCUGGCGACGGGCGAGGCGCACAACGUCGACGACGACAGCCAGCGGGACGUUGGUAGUGUUUUUCGACCAAUGAAGCGGGAAAACUCGUCACCGCCCAAAGCUCCGUCCAAGAAAUCCCGGAAAAGCUCCUAAAAAGCCUCUUCUUCAUGCGUGCACAUGCUCCGUCAUGACCACCAUACACCAUCAUCAUCAUCACUAUCUCUUUAAU